ACCCACCCUUCCUCCAUGCUGCGUGCUUUCAACACCACUAGGUUUGACCCAAGAACAAAGAAGGAUUUCCCGGCUCAACCGUCGUGUCAACUGCUCAAUUUUGAAUAAUGAUAGCGCAGAUGUUCGCGAAAGCAUACUCGGUGUCACCUUGACUUGCGCAUCUCGGGGAGCCAACAUGGACUUCCAAGUUCCCCAGGUCGCUGCAUUCUCCGACGCCCUCAAGGGAGCUCUUGAACAUGCUCAGACUGUCAAGCCCGCUUCAAUCGAGCCAGAACUGACCAAAGCCGACUUUGAGCAGCUCUUUUCUGAGGUACACAGCAUUUUCCCGACUUCGCAAUUGUCUCCCCAGCCAGACAAUGCGCAGGCUGCCGACGAGAAAACGACAGAGGAGCAGAAAGGCCGUCAAAAUGGUGUCAUUGAAACCGUCGCGCGCGAUCUUUUUAGCAGUCUGAUCGCCACCACAUCCAUUGAGUCGCCCGAGUUCGUCCAGGUUUGGAACCUCUUCGAUAUCCUGGCAGCUUUGUCCGACAACGAGCAAUGCGAACCAGCCCUAUUAUUCUGGCUCAUCGAGGAACUACUCGACAGUCAGACCAUCAGUGGUUGCAGCACAACCUUCGAUUUUCUCGAGUCGCGACGCGAGCGCAUAACCGCAAAACAUUGGAAGCAGAAGCAGCUGGUCAUUCUGAGAACGUGCAACGAGCUUCUCAGGCGUCUCUCCAGAGCUGAGGAUACCGGUUUCUGUGGACGCGUCUUCAUUUUCAUGUUCCAGAGUUUCCCGCUGGGCGACAAGAGUUCCGUUAAUCUUCGGGGCGAGUACCACACCGAGAAUGUCACUGCUUUUAAGGAGACACCGAUCAAACCCGAAGAUGCGGCUGAUAAGAUGGACGUGGACGGUGUGACCAGUACGCCUAAAGAAGAAAAGGACUCGAACUCAAAGUCGGUCGGCGCGAAAGCUGUUUCAUUUGACUCCAAGGACAAGUCGGCAUCAGAAAAGUCGCUCGAUACGGAUGCACUGUAUCCGGUUUUCUGGUCACUGCAGCAGUACUUCAGUCAGCCAACGAAGCUGUUUGAGCCCCAGACCCUGAACAAGUUCAAAUAUUCUCUGGAUGCUACUCUAGCAGCGUUUGAAACGGUUGCCCAAAGUCAGAGAAGCUCCAAAUCUUCCGACGAUACUAAGGAUUCAUCGAAGAAAAGAAAGGCCCUCGAGGUCGACGCCUCAGAUGACAACUUCAACCCGAAGUAUCUUACUAGCAGAGAUCUCUUCGAAUUGGAGAUCAGCGAUCUGUUCUUCAGGCGGCAUAUUCUCAUCCAAGCCGCCAUCAUUCUGGACUUCCUGCGAUCCCUGACGGACACCGCCAAGGUCAGGCACCGCAAUAUCAAGCAGCCAAAUCGAUCAGUCAUGUACAGCGAUCAAUUCCUGGGAGAGGACGAUGACAAAUGGGCCGAAUCUAUGCGAGAAAGGAUCAAUCACUACAUUUUAGCCGGACCGGAUGGGCCGCAUGUCAACCGGAUCAUAGCAGCUGUUACUUCGCGAGAUAAAGGCUGGGCGCGUUGGAAAAUGGAAAGCUGUCCCCAGUUCGAGCGACCAUCCAUUUCCCCCGCCGAGUUCAAUACGGCCAGAGCAUCAGCUAAACGACUGGCUACAAGCAAGAGACUAAGACCAACUCCGAUGGGUUCACUGAACCUUGAUUUUCUGAAGGACGAAGAUGAAGAGAUUGCCAUGGAGAAGUUUAAGGAUCCGGCCAGAUACAGGCUUCCAGACCUGGCAACCUUCAAGGACAAGAUCGCUGAAGAUGACCUCGAGCUCGAUUUCGCGAAGACGGAUACGGACCGGGCGCAAAUUGUUGAGGCCAAGGCCAGCAAGACCUGGAGAGCUCUAAGAAUCGCCAGCAGGAUAAGACUGGCUGCGUUUGACAGAAUCGACGAUUGGCAGAACAUUGAGGCCGUGUUUCAAGAACCCAAACAUGCCGACGACGAACCUCAAGAAGAGGAGGGAGAAGCCGGACGCCACCCUGACGACAAACGGCCAAUCAUCGUCUCAGGCCCCAGCGGCGUCGGAAAGUCGGCUUUGGUCGACUUGCUCUUAGAACGACAGCCGGGGGUAUUCAGCAAGCUGAUUCAGCAUACGACCCGGAAGCCGAAAGCGGGUGAAGUCGACGGUCAGGACUACCACUUUGUCGACUCGGCGGCAUUCAACGUAAUGCUAGAUGGCGACCAACUUCUGGAGUUCACCACUAGAGAUGGUUUCGAUUAUGGUUCCAGCAGAAAGAUGGCUGAUCUUGCCAUUGAAUCCGGCAAGAUCCCCUUGAUGCAACUGGAUCGUGAAGCCGUCCAAAGUGCAAAGGAGAAUCUCUACGUAGCCCGCGUCAUUUUCAUCUCGCCACCCAGCCGAGAGGAGCUAGAAUCGCGGCUCAAGAAAGCCGGUUCUUGCCCCGACGAUAAGCUCCCAGACCUGCUUAAGGCCGCGCAAGAAGAAGUUGAUCAGUCCAAAUCUGACGGAUUGUAUGAUACGGUGUUGGUGAACGAAGAAUUGGAGGCUGCUUAUAAGUCUUUAGAGGAGUUUAUCUAUGGCUGUGCCCCCACGACUAAUGGAGCGAAUGAGAAGAAUGGGGCAUCUGCCGAUGGAGACAUUACCAUGCAGGAUACGACGAACCGACAGAUAGAGCAGUCAUCGGAAACUAACGGUUGCUAGAAAGUAGAUGUUUGUGAGUGUAUCAGUAGCAAAGAGUCAACGGACACGGAGCAAACUUGUGGCCGAGAGGGUGAGGACAAGAUACCACGCUGAAGCCGUCUCUCAAGAGCCAACCGAUUGCAAACUUGAUAUCUGCUAAGGAUAACGAACGAGAGAAAAAAGACAGGAACAAGCAGUGCCGAUACAGUGCGCGGAAGGGGAAACAGCAAGCGAUCUGAUUGAGAACGGUGCUUCUUGUCUUGAGCCACCGCAGCGACGACUUGGCUUUCUCUGUGGGAAGAGGCGCUUGUGGAAGAGGCGCGACGCAUAUAUCUGACGAACACAAUAGGUUGCAUUAGACUGCGCAUGGCCAACAUGGUAGGCAAUUUAGCAAUCAUGGAGAUACCCGAAUGCAAUGUGAAGCACACUAGCGAAGAACUUGGGC